UUGCCCAUCUGCACAGCUUUCUGAUCAGUCUGAUUGCCGUCCACAACCGAUGUGAUGUGCUCUGAAUGAAAUCACAGUCUCCAAGAAUCCCCUCGUUAUAUCUAUCAAUCGAUCCUUGUCCCUAAAGCAGUGCAACGGGCUCUGAGGUGGGAACCCCUACCUGGAACACAACUGUGCACGCGAUCACCCCACGGAUUGGAAGGCCAUCGUUACACAAGCACCCGAUUGAGCAGACCAAACCAACCCCCGGGCCACCCUGGCGACAAUUGCAGCGUCAAAGACGUAUUUCUACUUCCCCGAAAGCUACAAACCAUCAUGCCAACCAUCAAAGCCGGCAACCGCGUCUUCCAUGUCACCGACAUCGACCGCGAAGAGUGCUCGCGCAUCGUGCCCAUGCGAGUCCUGUCGCUGGGUCUGACGAGGACGGGGUCAGAGUCGCUGAUGGACGCGCUGCGCAUCCUCGGCUACCACGAAGCAUACCACGGAUACCAGGCCAUGAUCACCAACCCGCGCGACUGCGAGAUGUGGCUGAAGGCGUUGCGAGCGAAGUACGACGGGGUGGGACAGCGGUUUGGGCGCGAGGAGUGGGAUAAGCUGUUGGGGCACUGCCAGGCCGUCUCCGACAUCCCAGCGAUCUGCUUCGCAGAGGACCUCAUCCAAGCCUACCCGGAAGCAAAAGUCAUCGUCACCGUCCGGGAUGUCGAUGAAUGGUACGAAUCGAUGAUGACCCUUGUCACGGCGAUCGACACCCCACUCAACAAAUACCUCUUCGUGCCCCUCAUCAGCAUCACCAACAACCUCCUGCACUCCCGCUUCCGUCUCGUGCCCGAGGCCUUCCUCAAAGCCGGGCUAUGUCUGUACGGUGAGGAUAUCCGGACCACCGCCCGCGAGACAUACCGCAACCACCUGGCAACAAUUCAGGCCCUAGUGCCCAAGGACCGGCUGCUGCUGUACCAUGUCAAGGAGGGGUGGGAGCCGUUGUGUGCGUUUCUGGGGCAGCCCGUGCCCGCGGUGCCGGUGCCGAACGGAAAUUCGAAGGCGGAUAUGUUGGCAAGGCAUCGCGCAUGCAUGCGGUUGAAUCUGAGGGAGUGUGGAUGGAAGGUGGUUAGGGGGGUUGUUUUGGUUGGGGUUGUGGCUUUGGUUGUGCGGAGAGAGGGGGUGCGGUGGAGGGGGUUGUGGGAUGGGCUCUUGGGGGCUUUGAGGUUGUAGAUUUCCGAUGUGGGUUGGGGAUUGUGUAGUUAGCUGGUGAGUUUGUGAGGGUGUAUAGGGAGGUUUGGGAGUGAUGUGAUGGUUCCUUCUGAAAGUGCGCCGUCGCUGACGUGGAUGAAAGCAUUUCUGGCAUCGUCUACGAUGAACAUAGAGGUGGCGACUGCUAGGUGCGCUCAACUUGCUAGCAAGCACCCUAUUCAAACCCCCCGCCGCUGUACUGUACACCCAUUCCCAAUCCUCAGGCAUCCGUCAAAAAUGCCAAAAAUGCCAAUCACCCCGCAAAGCACCCUAAGGUCCACAUCCGGCCAUAACCUCUCCCCUAACCACCGAAUAUUGAUGCCUUCACGCUACGCCUGCUUAUGAACGCAUUGAAGUGGUGGAAUCAAGUACU